CUGUGUUUAUUUACCGACGAAUGAUAACAUUCCAAUUGGCUUGUUUAGAGUUUGAAAACAAAAACGUUUGAAAACGAAAGUUUGGCAUCAUGUCGGACGAUGAAGAAAUUACUUACGUUAAAAAACCCAAAACGAUUCACUAUGGUUCAUUGGAAGACCAAGAGAGAUUGCGUUUAGCGUCAUUGAGUACCAUCGAAAAUGAUGGCGAACAGAAAGCUGUUGGUGGAAACAUUAAUGUGUCCAAUGAAUAUUUCGAUUUGGAGGAUGCCAUAUCUAAAGACAAACAGGCUUUACUUGAAGAAUUUGAACGCAAGAAGAAAGCUCGUCAUGUGCAAGUUUCUACCGAUGACGAUGAAGUUAAGAAAAACCUUAGACAACUUGGACAAGCCAUUUGCUUAUUUGGAGAAGGUCCCGCUGAAAGAAGGAAUAGAUUACGUGAACUGCUUUCAAGAGUUGGAGAAGAUGUUGUCACCAAAAAACCAGAAGAAGAAAGAGAAAAACGUCAACAAAUUAAAGAUCAAGACACGACAUGGUAUCACGAAGGACCACCAUCAUUGUUAGAUGCGCGCUUAUAUAUUGCAGAUUACUCAUUAUUAAGAUCACAUUUUCGUUUGGAAAAAUUAAGAGAAGAAGCCAGUAUACCAGAAUCAACACUUACAGCCCGUUUACAAGAUCUACAUAAAUACACAACGUCACUUUCUAUUUAUUGCAGUCAAAUUGGUGAUACUAGACCGAUAUCAUACUGCCGGUUCAGCCCAGAUUCACAAUUUAUAGCCACAUCAUCUUGGAGUGGUUUAUGUAAACUAUGGUCAGUUCCAGAUUGCUCAUUAGUCAAAACAUUUAGAGGACAUAAUUGUAAUGUAUGUUCCAUAACAUUUAAUCCACAUGCGGGUACCGCAGAAAAUGUCUGUGAUCUCGUAUCUUGUGCUAGUGAUGGUUCUGUUAAAUUGUGGGCUAUAGAUAGUAAAAAAGAAGAACCUGUAGCAGAUCUAGAAGGUCAUGCACCAUUCAGAGUGUCAAGAGCUGUUUUUCAUCCUUCCGGUCGAUUUUUAGGUACUUGUUGUUUUGAUAAUUCUUGGCGGUUAUGGGAUUUAGAACAAGCAGAAGAAGUUCUCCAUCAGGAAGGACAUUGUAAACCAGUUUAUUGUAUGUCCUUUCAAUGCGAUGGUUCAAUUGUUGCGACUGGAGGUUUGGAUGCUUUUGGCCGUGUCUGGGAUUUGCGAACAGGAAGAUGUAUUAUGUUUAUGGAAGGUCACUUGAAAUCUAUAUACAGCAUUGACUUUUCUCCUAAUGGUUAUCAAUUGGCUACUGGUAGUGAAGAUAAUACAUGUCGAAUUUGGGAUGUUAGGAAAAGAGCUUGUCUGUAUACAAUCCCUGCACACAUGAGUUUAGUUUCUGGAUUGCGAUAUCAACCAGAAGGUGGUCAUUUUAUAGUCACAUCAUCAUAUGAUAACACAAUUAAGAUUUGGGCGAAUAAAACAUGGCAAAUGUUAAAAACACUAUCUGGUCAUGACAACAAAAUAAUGGGAGUGGAUGUAUCUCCAGAUUCCAAAUAUAUAGCUUCUUCUUCAUACGACAGAACAUUUAAAUUAUGGGCACCUGAAUAUUCCACAUAAUUUUUGAGUUUAAAUAAAAUUAAGAUGUAAUUUUAUAUUUAUUAAAAUAUUAUAAAUUAUUAAACAUA